UUCAUCGUCAAGGUACACAAGCUGGGAUGCACUAGGGCCAGAAUCUCAAAUAAAGACUAAAUAUCCAGCUGACUGCUAAACCUGCUCGACCAGAAAUGCCAAUAGCAGACUUACUGGGAGUGCGCUUUGACAUGAAGCUCCUGGCCAAGCUGACUGUGUCUGCUGCUGCUAUUCUUUUCGUCACCUGGGUUUUCUUUUACAACUCCAGGGCUCGAGGCCGAGCACGGGCCAAGAAGAGACUCCCUCCUCCUAGGAGCGCUCAACCAAGUCCUGAAACUCACAGUCCUUGCAAAACGGUGUUAGAACCUCUGAAAGAAGGAGAGAAAAAGGAAUAUGAUGGAGAAAACCGGUCUAGUCAGUCAUCUGUGGAUUCUGGGCAAGGUAUUCUUCAACUACAAAAAACAGAUGCUGUGGACAAAAAGGAAGAGAAUAAAGGGUUUAAGGACAUUGUGACUGACACAGAGGGAUGUUCCUCACCAAUCUCUGGUGUGAAACACAACACAGAUGUGGAUAAGUCUGAGGACACUGUGACCAACACAGAGGGAAAUUCCUCACUUUUCUCUGGUGUGGAAAGUAACAUGGAGGACAUCUGGGAUAAGGAGAAGAGAGAGGGAAAAGACUGCAAAACAGGAUUGACUCUACUGACAACUGGAACUGGUUUAGAAGACAAAACGCCUACAAGCCCAAGUGGACGUCGAUCGCCAUGCCAGCUAAAAAAACUAGAUGGGGGAGUUGAAGUUGGGAGAGAACUCAGACAGAAUAUGGGUCAUCCUGGUACUUUUUCCAGUUUCCAGUCAAAGGCAGAGAUCAAAGUGGAGAACGCUGACCUGGUAGUAGAAGGGCCUGGGGAUCAAAGCACUGCAGUUCGUGGUAAGAUUUAUGAUUACUUCGUCGAGACCUCCUCACAGUCGGUUCUAGAUUUAAGCCCCACUUGCUCUAUAAGUCCAACUUAUGGAUCAUAUGAAGGUAAUUCUUUGUCCAAUGUAAUUGACAAACCUCGAACCCCAAGCCCCUUACCUUCUUCCAUAAUCAUUAGAGAUCUGGAAUUCUCAAAUGACUCAGAUAUGGUGCCUGAAGCUCCUGCUAGAUCUGAAACCGGAAGACUUCUCAGACAUGGAUUAAUUCGCAAGGACAGUUAUCUUGCUGCUGCUGCUGCAGACUCAGAGCUCCAGACCCCUUUCCCCUCACCUGUAACACGUUGUCGCUCACCAGCAUUUUCAAAAGAGCGUUCAACAAGCUCCUCAGAGUCACCUAAAGAAAUACAAGAAUUUGGUUGGGAAUCCUCUGAGAAUCCACAAGUACAAACAGUGGCAAGGGCCCAGUUUUUUCACUUUCCCCUGGAAAACAUAGGAAAUUCAGAACUGGAAAAUUUAGCUGGAAAACUUGAUUUGGGCAACUGUCUGGAAGCACUGAUGCUUGCCAAGAAACAUGGACAUUAUGAUCUUCAGCAGGCUGCUCUAAGAGUUAUGUCAGACAAUUACUUCCAGGUCUUACGAGAUCCAAACCUGUACGGUCAAUUAAAGGCAGGUGAGCGAGACCAAAUCCAGAGGCAGCGCAAGAGAGGCAGAAGAUGCCUCAUGGUGGCAGACAUGGACUCUCUAGACUGGAACAGAACUCCAUCACAGUCUACAGACUCCUAUACUGGUAAAGGAUCUAGUGGACUUUACUACUAUGAUGAUUAUAAAGACACCUGGCACCUUCAGUGCCGAAUCCCCCAGGAAGUUUUUUCCAAAGGCUGUGCAAUGUGCACCAUGGACAACUACCUAUUUGUAGCUGUUGGUUUCCAAUGUACAGUACCAUCAAAAAAGGUCUUUUGUUACAAUCCUAUGACAUCCAUUUGGAGUGAAAUCUGUCCAAUGAAUGAGGCCAGGCCUCAUUGCAAGCUUGUAACCCUUCAGGACCACGUAUAUGCCAUUGGAGGGGAGUGUCUAUCUACAGUGGAGCGUUACGACCCUAGGACAAAUAGAUGGACCUUUGUUGCACCACUGCCCAAUGAUACUUUUGCAGUUGCCCACCGGGCUACCGCUUGCAAUGGUGAACUAUUUGUUUCUGGUGGCACACUGAAGUAUACACUCUUACGCUACAACCCCAAAACUGAUAUCUGGAGGAAAAGCUUGCUCAUGGGAAGCAAAGAAAGAACCACAGAAAUGGUAGCAGUUCGAAAUUUCCUCUAUCGAUUUGAUGUUAACCCUCACAUUGGGAUCAGUGUGUAUCGCUACCAUGUUAUGGCUCGGCUAUGGUAUGAGUGCUGUUCCAAGCAAAUUUCCCACUGCCCUGCCUUUCAGUGUGUCGCCAUGGAUGAUGUCAUUUACUGUGUAAGUCGUCAGUUCACGAUGAGGUUCUUAGCUGAUGAAAAAUCUCCAGACUUUGUGGCAGAUGAUUUACAAAUCCUCACAGCAGCUAAGGGUAUUUUAUUCCCUUUUGUUCUUGCUCUGCCUGAUAAAAGCAAUCUCCAAACCAGCGUCUGAGUUUAGUCAGCUCAGCCGAGAAAAAGACUGACGCACUCAGAGUUCAUAGUUGGAGACCAUAUUAAGUUACUGGAAUGCAUAGUCGUCUUAAUCAGAGGCAGUCGAAGUGAAAUAUCAAGGCUAUUAAAGCCAGUAAUUGUAAAGCUAGAUCAGAUUUAGUGUGCACUCCCAGUGAGAUAAAUCUGCCGUUCCAAUGAGAGCUGUUUGUUAUCUGAGUUUUUCAGUCCACUCUUGGGUCUAAGUAAACUCCUAAAUCUUGCUAAUGUCUAGUGCUACUGCUUAAAGUGUUUUACUCAAAUAUACUGCUCCAAAAUGUUAUAAGCAAAAUGUCAGCUAAUCAAUAUGUAGAGUGGAGCCAUGCUUCAAUUUGCUGUAAUGAAUAACACAAAUGUUCAUAAUUUCCAAGAUUUAUGAAGGAUGCAAUAAGGAUAUUCAGGGCAUGCUUUGCUGUCACACCCAUUCGAGAACUUGAACUCAUGAAUAAUUCAAAAUGAUAAAUUAUCAAAUGUUAAAACCCCUCCACCUUCCUCAUUGUCCUUCAUUGAUAUCAAUGUCCUGCCAUUUAUCUUUAGCAAAUUUUUAGAUAAGUCGAAGGAAUGCUAAAAAUAUUAAGGCUAAAUUUUGAAUGUACUAUGUUAUGUUGUUAAAAAUGUAUUGCAUAUUUGGAACCUUAUCUCAUAUCAUAAUCAUAUCAUAAUAAUCUUGUGACAGAUGCCAGUGUGGCAGAGUGGAUAGGGUAGCUGCUUUUUCCCCCUAUUGCCCAGAAAAUCCUGGUAGUUGUAUAAAUUAAAUGAGUGUUUACAUAGUUCCCAUCCCAUUUAGAAUGGAUUCCCACCACAUACCCAGUGUUUCUGCA